GGGGGGAAGGGGGAGAGAGCGGCAAUGAACACUGCAGCUUCUUUUCUGUGCCUCUGUUGUUGAAAUAUUCUCUGCAAUCAACCAGGCGGGUGUUCUGUUUUGCAAAGUUCACCCGGGAAGGGGCGAUGCCUGGGACAUGAUCGUGCCUUGAGUUCUGUCCGUUGCAUGGAGCAUGGCUGAGAGAAGCUGAGGCGGGGCUGGUUGUUGCUGCAGGUCAGUCACCAGGAGAGGAUCUGGGUGCUGCUUGGUAGGAGGACGACAGGGAUUUUAAAUGAACAAGUCUAAAUGUGGCAGAGAGGAUCGCCAGGAAAUGCAAAGAAGUCAAGGAGGGAGCAAAACACAGCUCAUCUGAGAGAAUUACACAGAAGUGCCACUGCAGGCAACUUCUCCGGAUCACGAAAUGGAUUGGAUGGAUCCUUUUUCUGUGUUGUUCCUACUUGCCCUAACUCUUGCAUUCCUUUGGAAAAUGAGCCGUUCGUGGAACGGGAGUAGCCACAGGCUUCCACCAGGACCAAAGGCUUUACCACUGAUUGGAAACCUUCACCAAAUGGAUUUGAAGAGGCCGUACAGAACCAUGUUACAGUUCUCGAAACAGUACGGCCCGGUCUACCGCAUCCAACUGGGAUGGCAGAAAAUGGUAGUCCUGGCAGGCUACGAGGCUGUGAAGGAGGCGUUGGUGAACCAGGGAGAUGCCUUUGCGGACAGGCCCCACGUCCCAAUCUUUGAUGACCAACGAGGGGGCCAUGGCAUCCUUUUUUCCAAUGGUGAGGUCUGGAAAGUGAUGCGGCGGUUUACGAUAAGCACAUUACGAGACUACGGAAUGGGCAAGAAGCCCAUAGAAGACAGAAUUAUUGAGGAGUGCAGUUUCCUACUGCAGAAGUUUGAAUCCUUCAAUGGGAAACCUUUUGAGACAACUACAGUUGUGAAUGGUGCUGCUUCCAAUAUUAUAGUGUCCAUAUUACUUGGCAAACGAUUGGAAUAUGAAGAUCCGACAUUUAAAAGAUUACUGCACAUGCUCCGUGAAGACGUCAAACUCCUAGGAAGUCGCUCAGUCCUGCUGUACAACACGUUUCCUGCUCUUGGCUUUCUUUUCGGUGCUCGCAAGACUAUCAUUGAUAACCUGAAGGAAAUGCGUGACUUCAUACAGGCCGCCUUCAUAGAACGUCUCAACGUACUGGAUGAGAAUGACCAAAGAAGUUUUAUUGAUGCUUUUCUAAUCCGACAGAAAGAGGAGAAGAAUAAGAACCAGAGCAAUGGAUUUUUCCAUAGUGAAAACCUAAAGGCUGUUGUGAAUGAUUUAUUUGCUGCUGGCACAGAGUCAGCAACGACGACCUUGCGUUGGGGCCUCUUGCUGAUGAUGAAGUACCCUGAGAUUCAGAGGAAAGUGCAAGAAGAAAUGACAAAGGUGAUCGGGUCUGCUCAGCCACGAAUUGAACACCGAGCAAAGCUGCCCUACACCGAUGCGGUGGUUCACGAAAUCCAGAGGUUUGGAAAUAUUUCCCCUACGGCCGCACCACAUGUCACCAAUGCGGAUGUGACUCUUGGAGGCUACUUCAUUCCAAAGGGAACGCAUAUCGUCCCCUUACUGUACUCUGUGCUGUACGAUGAAUCUCAGUGGGAAAAACCAUUUAAAUUCUAUCCUGAGCAUUUCCUUGAUUCCGACGGAAAGUUCAUCAAGAGAGACGCCUUCCUGCCUUUCUCUGCAGGUCGGCGCGUGUGUGCGGGUGAGACCCUUGCAAAAAUGGAGCUCUUCCUCUUCUUUACGAGUCUCCUGCAGAGAUUCACUUUCCAGCCAGCCCCUGGGACAUCCAAGGAAGACCUGGACCUUACCCCUGUCUCUGGUAUUACUUUGUAUCCGAUGCCUUACCGUAUCUGUGCUGUGUCACGUUUUUAACAUCCAGCCAUGUUUCGCUCCCCUGUGAGCUCCACUUUCCUCUACUGCACUUUCAUUCCUGCCAAGGGCAUGGCAAAUUCGGUGGAACUGGGAUGUAUGUUGUCAUACAGGCUUCUUCAGAGACUCAACUUCGUUUAAAAUUUGGACCUCACUUCUUGAGUCAUUGUUGUCUGCUGAAUUCUUCUUUUCACACAUUAUUGAGACCAUCUGU